CCUGGGGUCUGUCAUCAACUCUAUUUCCCUGUGGGUGUGGCUGGGUGCCUCCUUCUCUGGCAGCUCAUGCUGAUGCUAUGAUUUCUCCAUCAGAGUCUCACAGGAUCUUCUGACAUACAAUUGCCACACCCCACCAAAGUUGGUGGCACCUCCCCAUGCUCACCAAAUAAAUGUCAGUCUCUGUCAGAACCCGCCACUGCUCUUGGGAGCUAUUGGAGCUGUGAUUCAAUCCUGUGCACUUUUGAUAAAGGUAUUGAGAUAACCCCGCUAUGACAUGCAUUCGAGGAGUCCCUAUGUCUAAAGAAUCCUAUACAGCAGCGAAUAAACCUCACGUUGGGGAGGUCUCCGACUUGGAUCAGCAGGUGUGGAUCCUUCAGGGUCAGACCAUUGUGACAGUUCCACGGAGUGACAGUGUAACUCCAGUCACUAUCACUGUUCUCCCAUGCAAGUAUCCAGAGUUGCUUGAGCAAGGCAGAGGCAUUCCCAUUUAUUUGGGAAUAGAGAAUCCAGAAAUGUGUCUGAUUUGUGAGGACAGUGGAGGGCAGCCCACAUUGCUACUAAAGGAGGAGGAGAUACUGGCUCUGUACAAUGAAAUGGCGCCUGUGGAGCCCUUCCUCUUCUACCACUCAAAGAAUGGCAGGACCUCCACCUUCGAGUCUGUGGCCUUCCCUGGCUGGUUCAUCGCCUCCUCUGAGAGAAGCCACCCCAUCUUCCUCACUUCGCAUCAGGGGGGAAUAUACAAUGUUAAUUUCAACUUAAAUAUCAACGCUUGAACUCAGGCUGGAGGGGGCAGCUUGGUCAAAGGUCUUUGUGUUAAAUUUUCUAGUUCCCA